AGGCUGGAGCUGUGUCAGCAGUCUCUGCAUCACCACCACACGAGACUCCAAUGACUUUAGAGGCAAGUACACCAACCAUUACACCAUCAGACCGGGAAACAACAUGUCCACACUGUUUGAGAAAACUCAAAUGGAAACAAAACUUGCCACGACAUCUACAGACCUGCCCGGUCUACAAAUCACUUUCAACCACCUCAGCCAAAGCAGACGGCAGUAGCGGGGAUGGUCGGACGACUUCCAUGAUUGAUUCAAUGCACUUCAGCCCAUCUGUAGGUCAGACAAUGACUCCUGGAGAUGAAUUGCGAACAAUCCCGCACGAAUCCACUCCCUGUCAUAAUGAGUCUUUACUUCAUGUCCUGAAUCAACGGGACAUGGACAAGGUAGAAGUCCGGCAGUCCCUACUGCUACCGUCAGCCAAAAACACCAAGGCAUGGCACACAAUAAACGCUCAGUUGAAGAUCCAUCUCACUCAACAUUUCCCAACCUCAUACCUCAAAAACACUAACAUCGAAGAGACUCUGGACAAACUAGAGAACUUCAUUCACUGGUUUUUCGACCAGAAACCACCACCACCUCCACCAAAACACAAGAAUGCAAAUAAAAACCGUGCAGUGGAAAAACUCCGGGCUCACAGGCGUGAUUUAAAGCGCCAAUUUCGUAAGAUCAAAAACCCGGACGAAGUACCUGCAGCGCUCAGAAAUGAGUAUUUUUCAAUUGGAAAACAAAUCAAGCGUCUUUUGAAACAACAAAAGAUGUACGACGAUCGAUCCCGGAACAAGAGGGACCAGGAUGCCUUUCUCAAGGACCCAUAUGCCUUCGGAAAGAAAUUGUUUCAACCAACCAACCAUGUCAAACCCACUUUCUCUGACACUACCUGCUUUGAGUACUUCCAACACACAUAUGCAGACCAGGAUCGUGCCACUUCGUACGAAUCCUGCCCCAGUGCAGGGAAGCCCCGGGAUUGCACCCACCCAGUCGAUGAGGGGACCCCUACAUGGACUGAAUUUCAGAAUGUUUUGAAGAAGUGUCGCAACACCUCUGCACCGGGUCCUGACAAGAUACCUUACAUAGUUUGGAAGCUUUGUCCCUCCCUUCAAUCCAUUCUUUUCACCAUCUUUGGGCGGGUUUGGGAGAGCAAGAUCAUUCCAAGGCAGUGGCAGGUAGCGUGUAUCACACUCCUGGCCAAGGGGGAGGUGUCUGAUGAUCCUUCGAAAUUCCGACCGAUUGCUCUAGCGAACACGUCCGGGAAGAUCUUUUUCACCUUAGUUGCAAAGCGCCUCUUGAAACAUAUGCUAGGCAAUAAGUUCUUCGAUGGUGACAACCAGAAAGGAUUUAUGCCUGCAAAGGCUGGGUGCUUAGAGCAUACAUCACUUUGUUAUGAGGCGAUGCGUGAUGCAAAGACGGCAAAACGCCAAAUUUGCAUUGCGUGGAUAGAUUUGAAGAAUGCAUUUGGUUCAGUGCGCCACAAUCUGAUACAGUAUGCUCUAACCCACUACAGCCUUCCUUUGCAAUUCAGGAAAUUAAUUUUUUCCUACUACGACAGUCUUUGCGCUUUCGUCGUACAACCACACACACCCACCUUUAAUUACAACAUUGGUGUUUUCCAGGGGUGCCCCUUGUCCCCGGUCCUUUUCAAUAUUUGUUUCCAGCUUCUGCUGGACUCACUUGCAGCCCCUGAAUUAAGUUGCCUCUCCUAUGAUUUUAAAUCUGCCCCUUUGCAAGUGUCCCAAACAGCUUUUGCUGAUGACUUAGGCCUCUAUAGCAAAUCUAGUGCAGGUUGUCAAAAACUCAUUGCGGUCACGGAGGACUUUCUCUCGUGGACCCAAUGUAUGCAGGCGGCGCCGCACAAAUGCAAAAGCAGUGCAGCAAAGCUUGUAGAUGGCCGGUACAAACCUUACGAUCCCUGCCUGACAAUGUCAGGGAGGAAGAUCGCUUUCAUUGACACUGCAGAGUUCAAGUUCCUGGGGCGAAGGCUGCAUGCUGAUUGCUCUGAGCAGACCCAGCGGGAAGACAUCCGUCAACUCACUGUAUCUCUCAUGCAAAAAGUAGAUGGCUCUUGGCUUCAAGACCACCACAAGCUAUGGCUUUACCACCAUCUUGUAGUGCCCAAGCUUUCUUGGUCUUUCCAGGUUCUUGAACUCACACAAGGUUUUGUACGUGAACUGCACUUUAUGUGUUUAUCAUUUCUGAAGAAAUGGUCAGGCCUACCUCGAUGCGCAAACUCUGCCAUUCUUUUUAUUGGCAGUCGCAAACGCUUUGGCUUACGCCUCCACUACCUUCCUACGGUGUGGAAAAAGUGCCAGUCCAUCAAAUGGCACAUUCUUCGAUCGAGUGGGGACGCGCGCAUGAGGGCGCUGUACACUCUGCGUCGGAGUAAGGAUGCGAAGCUGACAAAGCGAUAUGCGGCGACAAUAGAGCUGGAGUGUGCAGAGGCAUCAGUAGGUUCAGGGACUCUCCGUCCACCGUCAUCUUCAAGUCAUCGUGCAGGGUUGGGUGCUCGUGCUCCGAAGCAGCAUUCCAAACCCCCGAGGAAGGAUCUCCUUCAAACAUUUGAGGAGAUCAACGCGCAGGAGCAGAUUUUGAGGCUGAAGACUCUUCAGGUGCAAGGCAAGUGGUUGGAGUGGACAUCGGUGAUGUGGCAGGACCUCUCGUGGAAAUCCCUUUUGUACGGUGGUACUGGUAAGGAUUUGAAAUUUCUUCUCGCAUCAACCCUCGACGUGCUACCUUCUCCGACGAACCUACGCCGUUGGGGAAACACCGUAGUGGAUCCGUACUGUAGUUUGUGCCGUACCUGGGCCUGUGCUACGCGCCACGUGCUUGGCGCUUGUCGCGUAGCGCUGGACCAGGGACGUUACACCUGGAGGCACGACAACGUACUCGGGGUCAUCGUCAGGAACAUGCGUGAGGAGAUUCGAAUCCGCACUGCUGCAAACACCGUACAAACCGAAAAUUCAAAUGAGCUUGACUUCAUCUCGUUUUGCAAGGCGGGAGAGAAGCCAGUUCGCGUUCAGCCCAGACGAAAGUUGGUUACGACUGAUCUCCUGUCAGCGGCCUCAGACUGGAAACUUCUUGUCGACUCAGUUAGUGCAAAGAUUUCUUUCCCUGGCUGUGUUGCACUUACCACCCUAAGACCAGAUAUAGUUCUGUACUCUACGAGUCGUAGGAUUGUAUUCUGGAUGGAGUUGACAGUUUGUGCUGAGGACAGAUUCAGUGUCAGUAACUCGCGGAAGGACAGGCGGUAUGCGGAUCUGGCCGAUCAAUGCCGAGCAAACGGGUGGCAGGUCGUUUCUUUUUCGGUUGAGUAAGACGUCUCUGCGAAGCAGCUACAUCAUCUGGUUGCGGCGUCAACAAAAACACUGGUCGGAAGAUCCACUUUUCUGAGGUACUGUAUGUGGGGCUCCGUUUAUUGAGGUGCGUUGAAAUUUAUUCUCUUUAUCUUAUUAUUUCUUUUCUAUAAUUUCCCCAUAUGAGUUCCUAUCAGUUGCUGUGAACACCUUGAGUGGAGAGCGCUUGCUCGAGCGUUGAACCGGGUUCUUAAUCCACCAUACCCAGUUCGCAAGGCUGGGCGGGGUUGUGAGCAGGCUUUCAUUUCAUCUUUUCUUAUUAUUUCUUAUUAUUUCUGCUUUUCAUCUCAUUACAAAAAUUCUGCGCUUUUUCUCCAUCUGCGCAUAAAAUCUAGACUGACAACCUGCUUGUUAAAUCAUGCACCUGCUUUCAGGCGUAAAAACCCUGUUGUAGAGGUCUCAGUCCUCAUUUGUUAGACUUACCUGUCUUUAUAAAUGUAACUUACUCUCUCUCUCUCUCUCUCUCU